CCCAGAAGGGCUGGGGGCAGGAUUCGAACCCAGGACCCCCUUUUAAACCCCCUCUGCCCAACACCAUCGGAGCCACUUGGAGCAACCGGGUCGCAGGAAUGGCCAUGCAGCCUGCCCAGGUCCUCAGCGGGAAGACCGUCUCUGCACAAGUAAGGCAGAGACUGACGAACCAGGUGGCGGAGAUGAAGGAGAGAGUUCCAGGUUUCAGGCCAGGCCUUGCAAUUCUGCAGGUUGGCGAUCGGGAUGAUUCAAAUCUCUAUAUUAGCAUGAAGCUAAAGGCUGCAGCGGAGAUUGGGAUCAAUGCCAAUCACAUCAAGCUGCCAAAUACAGCGACAGAAGCUGAGGUGCUGAGGUGCAUUAAUGGCCUAAAUGAAGAUCCUGCAGUGCAUGGAUUUAUAGUACAAUUGCCUUUGGAUUCCAACAAGCCUAUCAAUACUGAGAAAAUAACCAAUGCUGUAGCGCCUGAGAAGGAUGUGGAUGGCUUAAGCAGCAUCAAUGCAGGCAAACUCUCACGUGGUGAUCUUGGUGACUGCUUCAUCCCAUGUACCCCCAAAGGAUGCAUGGAGCUUAUCAGGCAAACAGGUAUUCAAGUGGCAGGUAAAAGAGCUGUGGUCAUCGGGCGCAGCAAGAUAGUUGGGGCUCCAAUGCAUGACCUGCUGCUCUGGAACCAUGCAACAGUGACCACAUGCCACUCCAAGACUGCAUCAUUGGCUGAGGAAGUCAGUAAAGCCGAUAUUCUGGUGGUUGCAGCUGGCAAAGCAGAGAUGGUGAAAGGUGAAUGGAUUAAACCUGGUGCCAUAGUGAUUGACUGUGGAAUCAACUACAUACCAGACAGCACAAAGGCCAGUGGUAGAAGGGUAGUUGGAGAUGUGGCUUAUAGUGCAGCCAAAGAAAGAGCAGCUUUCAUCACCCCAGUGCCUGGCGGUGUUGGACCAAUGACAGUUGCCAUGCUGAUGCAGGUGUGUAUACGUAAUGUUAAAUGUUUCUUCUCUUUUCAUGAAAUCAUAGAGUUUGAAUGGCUGGCAAGUGGAAAUCAUAUCAAUCAACGUUGCCCUAGAACUCCUGUUCCAAGUGAUAUAGAUGUAUCACGGUCAUGCAUUCCGAAGCCCAUUGGCCACUUGGCUAGAGAAAUCGGCUUACUUUCAGACGAGGUGGAGUUCUAUGGUGCAUGCAAAGCCAAGAUUUCACUGUCAGCAUUGCAACGCCUCAAAGCCCAACCAGAUGGCAAAUAUGUUGUGGUGACAGGUAUAACACCUACACCCUUGGGAGAAGGGAAGAGCACCACGACAGCAGGACUUGUUCAAGCCCUGGGAGCACAUCUUGGUCAGAAUGCAUUUGCCUGUGUUCGGCAACCUUCCCAAGGACCUACAUUUGGAAUUAAAGGUGGUGCUGCUGGUGGAGGUUAUUCUCAGGUUAUUCCAAUGGAAGAGUUUAAUCUUCAUCUCACUGGCGACAUCCAUGCUAUUACUGCAUCCAAUAAUCUGGUUGCUGCUGCAAUUGAUGCCCGGAUCUACCACGAGGCAACACAAUCUGAUCAGGCUCUCUAUUCUCGCUUGGUUCCUUCCAUCAAUGGAGUGAGGACAUUUUCCGAUAUCCAGAUCCAGAGGCUGCAGAGACUGCAUAUUAAGAAAACAGACCCAGAGGCUUUGACGGAUGAUGAGAUAAACAAAUUUGUGAGAUUGGAUAUUGAUCCAGAGAACAUAACAUGGCAAAGAGUGUUGGACACAAAUGACAGGUUCCUGCGGAAGAUCACAAUUGGCCAGUCUCUGACUGAGAAGGGGUUCACCCGCACAGCCCAGUUUGACAUCACUGUUGCCAGUGAAAUCAUGGCUGUCUUAGCACUCACAGACAGUCUGGAGGAUAUGAGACGGCGCCUAGGAAGAAUGGUGGUUGCUUCUAGCAAGAAAGGUGUUCCAAUUACUACUGAAGAUCUGGGAGUGAGUGGUGCCCUGGCAGUUUUGAUGAAAGAUGCUAUUAAGCCAAACCUCAUGCAGACUUUGGAGGGUAACCCAGUGUUUGUCCAUGCUGGUCCAUUUGCCAACAUCGCUCAUGGUAACUCAUCUGUCAUAGCAGACAAGAUAGCUCUGAAGCUUGUUGGCAAGGAAGGGUUUGUUGUGACAGAAGCUGGCUUUGGAGCAGAUAUUGGCAUGGAAAAGUUCUUUAACAUCAAGUGCCGUUAUUCUGGUUUGCAACCCCAUGUGGUGGUCUUGGUUGCUACUGUCCGAGCUCUGAAAAUGCAUGGUGGAGGGCCAAUGGUCACCGCUGGUGUUCCCUUGCCAAAAGAAUACAUUGAAGAGAACCUUGUGCUUUUGGAGAAGGGUUGCAGUAACUUGCGUAAACAAAUCCAAAAUGCCAAGACCUUUGGUGUCCCAGUGGUAGUUGCAGUAAAUGCAUUCAAAUCUGAUACACAAGCAGAGCUACAGCUGGUCAUUCGGCUGGCUAAAGAAGCUGGUGCUUUUGAUGCUGUGAAAUGCACCCACUGGGCUGAAGGUGGGAAAGGAGCUGUCGCAUUGGCAGAAGCAGUAAAAAGAGCAUCGCAGGCUCCAAGCAACUUCAGGUUCUUGUAUGAUGUGAAGCUGCCAAUUCUAGAUAAGAUCAGAAUUAUUGCACAGAAGAUUUAUGGAGCAGAUGAUGUUGAACUGCUGCCAGAAGCAGAGCAAAAGAUUAUUCAAUACAACAAGCAGGGAUUUGGAAACCUGCCUAUCUGCAUGGCUAAAACCCACUUGUCGCUGUCUCAUGACCCAGAAUGGAAAGGAGUCCCCACUGGAUUUGUCUUGCCUAUCAGAGAUGUCAGAGCCAGUGUGGGUGCCGGGUUCGUGUAUCCAUUAGUAGGAUCAAUGAGCACAAUGCCAGGUCUUCCCACUAGGCCUUGCUUCUAUGAUGUUGACCUUGAUCCAGCAACUGGCGAAGUGAAGGGGCUGUUCUAAAAUGAACUGGCAAUGAAAAAUACCCAAGUGACGUCCGAGAGAUGAAGCCUACACAAGACAGUUCACUGAACACUAUGAGCCUUGGAAACGUUUUAACCUCCUGCAUUUUUAAACAAAUCUGCAGUACUGUAUUUUUAAUAGGUGGUCUAUUUUUUUAGUGCCUGCAGAUGAAAAUCUGCAAAAUGUUUUAAAACAGUGAAGCUUUUAAAGCUACUGAUCUUAACAACCAUCAAUUAAAAAAAAUGACAGUUUUAACUGUGGUGGCAAGCUGAUAAAAUAAAUGUAAACUGAUUAAUCAUGUGAAUUUUAAUAGCUCUGUUACAUUUGCACAAGGUUAAAUACAACAUUUCUAA